CAUCUAAGCCAACAGAAACCAACACUGUUCUCUUCUCUGUACUUCCUUCUUUUCUCUGUUGUUACUGCAAACACAAGAACAAAGCCACUUCCUAUUUCUCUCUCUAGAACUACAACAGUCGCUUCUUUCUCUCUCUAUAACCGACAACGCCAUUUUCUUCUUCUUCUUCUCUGCAUCGGCGAUUGUUGGUGGUUGUUGCGGUUGUGGUUCCGGCAAUGGGACAGCAAUCGUUGAUCUACAGCUUCGUCGCUCGCGGCACCGUGAUCCUCGCUGAGUACACCGAGUUCACCGGAAACUUCACCGGCGUGGCGGCGCAGUGCCUUCAGAAACUCCCUUCCUCCAACAAUAAGUUCACGUACAACUGCGACGGCCACACAUUCAACUACCUUGUGGAUAAUGGAUUCACUUACUGUGUCGUUGCGAUUGAGUCUGCUGGACGACAGAUUCCAAUUGCAUUCCUUGAACGUAUUAAGGAGGAGUUCACCAAGAAAUAUGCUGGAGGAAAAGCAGCAAAUGCUGCUGCUCAGAGCCUGAAAAGAGAGUUUGGACCUAAGUUGAAGGAGCAGAUGCAGUACUGUAUUGAUCACCCAGAGGAGAUUAGCAAGCUUUCUAAAGUGAAAGCUCAGGUUUCUGAAGUCAAAGGAGUUAUGAUGGAAAAUAUUGAGAAGGUUCUUGACCGUGGGGAGAAAAUUGAGCUUUUGGUGGAUAAAACAGAUAACCUUCGCUCUCAGGCACAAGAUUUCAGGCAACAGGGAACCAAGAUUAGGAGAAAGAUGUGGUUCCAAAAUAUGAAGAUCAAGUUAAUUGUUGCGGGUAUCAUAGUUCUCUUGAUUCUCAUUCUCAUUAUCUCCAUUUGUGGUAGCUUAAAUUGUAGUAAGAAAUGAGUCUUCUUGUGUGGUGGGUUUAACUGGGAUACAUUUGUCUCCUCACUGGAUAAGAAUGUCGCUAGCGGAUUGCCAUUGCGUCUACUUUCGACCUAGUGCUGCUUAGUUUUUGGAUUUUACAUUCUUGCUACUACGGUGAUUAAUAUUGUAUGGGACUGCUUGUAUAGUAUGUAAUGCUGUAGUGUUCCUUAACUUGUUUCCCUUAGUAUGCUACAUAUUGAGAAACUAAUCAUUGCCUA